UCUGUCUUCCAAGUUCCAAGCAAAAACCCUCUCCAAUUUGGUUUCUUUCUUCUUCAGAGUUGUCCAUUUCUGUCUCUGCAAUUCGGUGAGAAUGGGAAGCAGUCAAGCGGCAGUGUCGUUCCUGACGAACCUCACCAGGGCGGCGUUCGCCUUGGGCGUGGGGGCCACAGUCGUCAACGCUUCCCUCUACAACGUCGACGGCGGCCAGCGGGCGGUGCUCUUCGACCGAUUCCGAGGCGUCAUCGACGAGACCAUCGGCGAAGGCACUCAUUUCCUCAUCCCGUGGCUCCAGAAGCCCUUCAUCUUCGACAUCCGGACCAGGCCCCACACCUUCUCCUCCAUCUCCGGCACCAAGGAUCUCCAGAUGGUUAACCUAACCCUCCGCCUCCUCUCUCGACCGGAAGUCUCUCAGCUCCCCCGGAUAUUCCAAACCCUGGGCCUCGAGUACGACGAGAAGGUCCUUCCUUCAAUCGGUAACGAAGUCCUUAAGGCCGUCGUCGCCCAGUUCAACGCCGAUCAGCUCCUCACCGAGCGUCCUCACGUCUCUGCUUUGGUCCGGGAGAGUCUCAUUCGCCGUGCGAAGGACUUCAACAUCGUGCUUGACGACGUGGCUAUUACGCACCUGUCGUAUGGGUCUGAGUUCUCCAAGGCCGUGGAGCAGAAGCAGGUGGCGCAGCAGGAGGCGGAGCGGUCCAAGUUUGUGGUGGCCAAGGCUGAGCAGGAGCGGCGGGCUGCGAUUAUCAGGGCCGAGGGAGAGAGCGAGUCCGCGAAGUUGAUUUCGGACGCCACGUCGGCGGUUGGAAUGGGGUUGAUCGAGCUCAGGAGGAUUGAGGCUUCUAGGGAGGUGGCGGCAACUUUGUCCAAGACGCCGAAUGUUGUUUACCUGCCUAGUGGAAACAAUAUGUUACUGGGUUUGAAUCCUUCCAUGGUUGGCCGCUAAAGAAAGGGCUGCUUGUUAUAACUAAGACCUGUUGUUACAGAACCGAGGGCGAGCGGUCUCAUCUUUUUCGCGCGUCGGCUGGCUGGAAUUCCAAGCUUUUGGGAGGGGGGGGAGGCCAUCUUCUUUGGUGGUUUUGUCAUGUUUUUUUUAGAACAAAACAUGUUGAUAAUAGCCCCAUUGUUGGAGACUGACCAUAUCCAUCCCACGAACUUUUCAUCUUAUUCUUGUGAAGAAGGGAGAACUUUAUCAGAGUCGAAUAAUAAAUUUUCAGGUUAUUCGUUUCCAAUUUUAAA